GUACUUGGAGCGUGUAUUUGCGUUAAACCGCGACCUCUACUGGGCAAUGUGCAAUACUAUUGGUGAACCUCGUGUAACUGAUGUCCAAUCAGAGCCUGGGCUGUCGAUCACGUGAUCACGGAGUCAAGCAGAACGGGGACCAAACAGCAGCAACGAAUAUGGAGGUCUCGCCAAACAGCUUCAAGCCGGAGAGGUACUGGACAGAGGAGAAAGAAAGGACACUCAUAGCAUUCUUUUCCAAGAACAGUUGCCUGUGGAACCAUAAAUUGGAAAGCUACAAAAAUCGACAGCUGAGAUGGAAAAUGCUGGAACACUUGAGAGUUCUUCUGUCUGCUCAGCCACCACCAGCUCCUUUCACAGUGGAAGACAUCAAAAACAAGUUCAAGAACCUUCGUACCACCUUUCAACGGCAGUACAAAGCGGUGAAGGGGAGUGAGGCGUGCGGUUCGGAUGUGUUUGUACCGCAGUGGAAGUACUAUCAGCAGCUGAUGUUCUUGCAGGCUGCAGGCCCGGACGACUGCACCGAUGCUCCACUGCAGUCCUCAUUCAUUGUUUCACAGGAGGAGAGCCAGCAUGUCCUCACCACCCCAGGACUCAUCAUCUCCAUCCUUCCCCCUGAAUCCCCCACCACAACCACCUCGUCGUCAUCCUGCAUCCUCUCAAACAUGGUAGCUAAAUCAUUUUGGACUGAAGAGAAGGAAUGUGCCCUUAUUGAUUUCUAUGCAGAACACUGCUGUCUGUGGAACAAGAAGUCUAAAAACCACAACAAUCGUCUGCUCCGCUUGAAACUUCUGAAGAUUCUGAGGAGGCGGUUGUCCGACCACUCUGCAUCUUUCUCAAUUGAAGAUAUAAAAUGCAAGUUCAAGAAUCUUCGGACAGUUUUUAACCGUGAAUACAAAGUGGUGCAAGUGAGCAGGACAUCUGAUAAACUCUACCACUCUAAAUGGAAACACUAUCAGCGGCUGCUCUUCCUCUGCGAGUGGUGCAAAAAUGAAGAAAGACCAGACGACCUGCAGAUACUGAUGCUACAGGAAGCACAAAUGCUGGAACAUGGAAACAAAUUACCAUUCUCCACCCCGAGCAGCUCCUCAUGCUCCACCCAAACUAACACCUCCUCCACCGUCAGGCAGACGGAUGCCUACACCAAUACUAUUGGGGGCUUCCAAAUCUUCUCUGUAGCUUCAGAUUACCUCAAACUACAGAAUCAAAAAACUGCUUCCACAUUCCUAAAUUCCCGAUCCAGUUCACCACUGAAUUGCAAACCUUGUACAAACAAUUCCCCUGUAAAGGUUCCUCCCUCCAGUCCAGUUCAACUAGAAUGUGGGCUGAUUUCUGACACGCGCUGCCAGUGGAAUGAGACCAAAGUUCACCAGCUCAUAUCAUUUUACUCCGAGCACGACUGUUUGUGGAACUAUAAGUCUGAGAGGUACAGGAACAAGUUAAUGAAACAGAGUCUGUUGGAGACAUUGAGCAUCUUACUCUCCAACAAUGAACAGGACUCUUUCACAGUGGAGGACAUAAAGACAAAGUUUAGGAACCUGCGAACCAUCUUCCAACGUGAACAUAAGACAGUGAACUCUAACAAAACCUGUGGUUCAGAAGACUUUUAUGUCCCCAAGUGGAAACACUAUCGAGAGUUAAUGUUCCUUUGUGAAUCUUGUGACGAAGAGGAGCAGCCUAAAGAUGUCGUCUUUCAACAACCGGCGGACGCCAGCAUCCCUCCUCCAGACAACCAAGCCCCCCUCGCCUCCUCCUCCCAACAGUGCCAAGACUCACUUGAAACCAACAAUCAAACACCUAACAUAAUGAAGAUGCUUGAAUCUCCACCCUCACCUCCUCCAAUAGACAGCCAGCACUCAAUGCCCUCAUCCCUGUCCUCUACAUCUUCAUCUCACACCGACAGCGGCGUGCUGGGACAAAAACGUGUUAACAAACCCCCGCCGCCUGCCACAAUUGAGGUUCUGGACUUCAUGAAGACAUUCUAUCAAAGUCAGAUAAUGUUGCCACAUGCUGGUUUCCUGAAGUAUGUCGAGGAGUGUCUUAAUGAGACCCCUCCAGACAAAGUAAAGCGAAUGAAGAUGAAGAUAAUUGAGACCAUCCACAACAUGUCAGAGGAAGUUUAGUUGGACCAAGAAAGCUUUCUGUGUCAGUCCUGCCUGCCUAAUGCACCAGUCAUGAUUAUUUACUGAAGUCUAGUAGGAGGAUAGCAUGUCUUGCGCAUAGAAGCCCCUUUAAGGUCAUUUAAAAGUUGUAUUUUAAAAGUAGGUGUAAAGAAUUGAUUUGGUUGCACUUUUGUUCAGAGAUCCUUCACUGGAAAACUAAAUACUAUACAUGUGAAAUUUUCCAAGGAGGAAAGAAAAUUGACCACAUUAUCAGUGACCACCUCAUUUGCUCAGGGCAUGGGUUUCAAAUGCAUUUUUGUCACGGGCCACACUGUAGUUACAGUUUCCUUUGAAGGGCCAUUAUGACUGUGAAACCAUAUCAAUGCUUCAUCAUAUUACAUAUACAGUGGUGUGACAUUUUUUUUGGCCCAAAAAACCUUUUUUUUUUGCAUGUUUCCCAUCAUCAAACAAAUUAAAAAUUAGUCAAAGACAACACAAGUAAACACAAAAUGCAUUUUUAAAAGAAAAUUGUUUUUUUUUUUAUUUUUUUUUUAUUAAGGGCCAAAAACCUGUUAAAACAUAACUGUGGUUUAGCAUACCAGAGUGGAAUUUCUCUAGCCACACCCAGGCCUGAUACUGCCACACCUGUUCUCAAUCAAGAUAUCAGUUAAAUAGGACCUGCCUGACAAAGUGAAGUAGACCAAAAGCUCUUCAAACGCUAGACAUUAUGCCUAGAGCUUAAGAAAUUCAGGAAUAAAAUGAGAAAGAGAGUAAUUGAGAUCUAUCAGUGUGGAAAAGGUUAUAAAGCCAUUUCUAAAGCUUUGGGAAUCCAGCGAACCACAGUGAGAGCCAUUAUCCACAAGUGGCGAAAACACAGAACAGUGGUGAACCUCCCCAGGAGUAGCCAGCCGACCAAAAUUACCCCAAGAGCGCAGCAAUGACUCAUCCAAGAGGUUACUACUACAACAACAACAACAACAAACACAACAGCAUCCAAAGAACUGCAGGCCUCAUUUGUCUCAGUUAAGGUCAGUGUUCAUGACUCCAUGAUAAGAAAGAGACUGGGCAAAAAUGGCCUGCAUAGCAGAUUUCCAAGACAAAAACCACUGCUGAGCAAAAAGAACAAGGCUCGUCUCUAUUUUGCAGAAGACAUCUAAUGAUCUGCGAGACUUUUGGGAAAAUACUCUGUGGUCUGACGAGACCAAAGUUGAACUUUUUUGGAAGGUGUGUGUCCCAUUACAUCUGGUGUAAAAGUAACACCGCCUUUCAGAAAACGAACAUCAUACCAACAAUAAAAUAUGGUGGUGUUAGUGUGUUGGUUGGGGCUGUUUUGCUGCUUGUGGACUUGAUAGACUUGCUGUGAUAAAUGAAACCAUGAAUUCUGCCGUCUACCAAAAAUGAAAGUCCAGCCAUCUGUUCGUGACCUCAAGCUGAAACGAAAUUGGGUUUUGCAGCAGGACAAUCAUCCAAAACACACCAGCAAGUCGACCUCUGAAUGGCUGAAGAAAAAUAAAAUGAAGACUUUGGAGUGCCCUAGUCAAAGUCCUGAACUGAAUCUUAUUGAGAUGGCUGAAUUACAAAAAUUCUGCAAAGAUGAGUGGGCCAAAAUUCCUCCACAGCGCUGUAAGAGACUCAAGUUUUCGCAAAUGCUUGAUUGUAGUCGUUGCUGCACAGGGUGACCCAACCAGUUAUUAGGCGUAGGGUGCUAUCACUUUUUCACACAGGGCCAUGUAGGUUUGGAUUUAUUUCUCCCUUAAUAAUAAAAACGUUCAUUUAAAAACUG